AUGACCCAAAUACUCGAUGCUGCCAUGUUCCAAAAGCAGGCUUUAGAGCCAAUGAAAUUAGAUGCUCCAGUUGUUUCAGAAAAGCCAGACUUUCCUGCUCUUUCACGAAAGGAUUUAAUGACCACUAAAGCAGAUGCUCGCAAAAUUCCGAUUCCACCUCACAGAAUGACUCCAUUAAGAAAAGAUUGGUUAAAGAUUUACACACCGCUUGUAGAGCACAUGAAACUGCAAGUUCGUAUGAAUCCAAAAGCGAAAGCAGUAGAGAUUCGGUCGUGCUCUGAAACUGAAGAUAUUGGUGCAGUUCAAAAAGGGGCAGACUUUGUCAAGGCAUACGGUCUUGGUUUUGAAGUAGAUGAUGCACUUGCACUGUUGCGUUUGGAGGAUCUUUAUGUCGACACAUUUGAAAUCAAGGAUGUCAAGACAUUGCAUGGCGAAAAUCUUUCCCGAGCCAUUGGUCGAAUUGUUGGCAAGGAUGGCAAAACUCGAUUCACCAUUGAGAAUGUAUCUCGAACACGCAUUGUUGUUGCUGAUUGCAAGAUACAUAUUCUUGGAUCAUUUCAAAACAUCAAGAUUGCACGAGAUGCCAUAGUGUCACUUAUUUUGGGAUCGUCUCCUGGAAAGGUUUAUUCCCAGUUGCGUUCCAUUAGCUCACGUAUGAAGGAGCGAUUCUGA